UUUUGUUGUUGUCGGAGGUAAAAAAAUGCCGGUGUAGCAAUUUCGAUUUCUUCCGCGGCGACAAUAGUAUUAGUUCAAGGAAAAUAGAACGAAAUGGACGAAGAAAACUCGCCUCUCGUGAAGGCGGAACCGGGAGAUGAUUCCGAUCAGCAAAGCGAUGAAACCGAGAGCUGCAUCAAGGACAUGCUGCAGGAAAUGCAAAGCAAGGAGCGGAUAAAACGCCCCCAAGCUGCUACUGUGCCUGCUUCUAUCGCCCCCGCCACGGCAGUUCCGGAACAGUCCACACCGCAGGAGCACGAUGAAAACAGUUUCUACAACGUGCACAGCGAUAAGCUGCAGUCGCUAAAAAUGUGCACCGGCGAGCUGGACAUCGUGCUGGAGCCGAAGCUGGCGGGCCCGGUGUACAAUGCGGCUAAUCUAACCCUAGACCGGGCGUUGCUGAACCGGGCGGACAUGUGGCAUCAGGUAAUAGUGCACCACGGCAACGGCUGUACGAGGCAGAAAAUUUUGGAAGCCCUGUUUGGCAGCUACUCGUACUGUGAUUUUUUCCCUGUGGCGUAUCGGCGCCACGCGAAUGCCGACUUUUUCCUGCUACGAAUGUGCAGCCAGGUGCUGUUGAAGAUGUUUGAGGAGGGCCUGCAGUUAAAGGCGGGCAGCAUGACGCUUCCAAUCAGCGUACGGCUCGGGGCGGCCCGAUUCCACACGGGGCAGAUAUUCCCGCGCCAAACCAUCACGAAGGCGGUACAGGAGCGGUGCGAUAAUGCGGCCCAGUACGGUGACAUUGCGGUGCUGAACCUGGACAGCUUUGCCGAGCAUGCCUCGUUGCGGGAGCUCUGCGUGUACCUGGGCAAUCGGGCCCAGUUUGAGGUGGUCUGUUCGGCGAUUGCGCAGGCCAUGGAUGGUAACGCGUGCAUUUCCCGGUUGCGGCUCGCGAACAACGAUAUCAGCCACAUGUCGCUGCUGGCCGCGCUGAAGGAUACGAAGCUGAUCAGCUUGGACCUGCGGGGCAACCGUAUUAAACAUCCGAGCUCGCUCCGUUUGCUGAAGGACAUUCCGCUGGUGGAGCUGUACGUGGAAGGGAACAACUUAACCGAUGUGCCUGAUUAUGAGAAAAUUAUUCGCAGCUUUUUCCCGAACCUGUUAAAGCUGGACUCCAACCUGACCCAAACCGUCACGACCAAAGCGGUGCGUGACGAUGCGGAGGAAGAGGAGGAAGUGGAAAUAACCUCCCCCGGGACGGUGAUAACGGAAGCGGACCUGAACCCGGGCGCCUUUCAAAAGUACAACAUAACACCCCACUGGCAUAAGGUGACGGUGCACCACAACGGUGUGUGCAACAAGCAGGACAUUCUGGACGGGCUGUUCCAUCUGCUGGGCAAGCAUGCGUUCUACCCCUGCUACUACAAAACCUACUCCAAGCAGGACGAGUUUCUCGUACAAAACUGCUUCGAAGCGCUGCUGUUUCUGGUGAAGCAAAAGCUGAAACUGCCGAUCCCUGCGUACAACACCGUGCUGAAGCUAGCGCUAGCGAUGAACGUGGCCGAGGCGAGCGACACGGAUGUGCAGCCGCUGCGCAAGCUGGAACGGUUCGUUAACAAACGGUUCAAGCUGGGCUGCCUGGACCUGUGCUCGAUGCAGGACGAGCUGAACGAGUGCAAGGUGGUUGACUUUUGUGCGAAAAGCCCGAGCACGCUCGCGUACAUGCUGGAGUUUGCUGCCCGGAAGUACGGCAACAGCUGUUUGGUGCUGCGGCUGCGGAACAAUGAUCUUCGAAACUGUGCCGCGCUGGAAAGUUUGUCCAAGUUUUACAAGCUGGUAUCGCUCGAUCUGCGCUCCAAUGCGCUUUCGAAAAUCUCGGACCUGCAAGGCAUUCCGUGGAACAACAUUACGGAGCUAUUCCUGGACAAUAACCCACUGUGCGGCACGAUGCGCUCCAGCGUGGAGUACGUGCGGAAGGUUAGGCAGUACUUCGGUAUGCUGCAGCAGCUGGAUGGACGUACGCUGCUCGGGAAUUUCACCUACUGUCAGAACUUUCUCUGCACACCGGAAGCGUACAAGUUUGCGGAAUCGUUCGUGAAGCACUACUUCGCGCUGUUCGACUCGUUCCAGCGCGGUGACCUGCAGGAGCUGUACCACGCAAAGGCACAGUUCUCGAUGACGUGUGACUUUGACAUCGAGCGGUCGGGGCAGCAGCUGGAUGCGCAGCUGGACCGGCAGGUCAGCUACUCCCAGCACAGCCGUAAUUUGCUGCAGUUUAAGGACAGUCUGGACCGGGCCGUGUCCAAGCUGAUCGUCGGCAACGAGCGUAUCGGGUACGUGUUGACGUCCUUCCCCAAGACGGAGUUCGAUUUCUGCUCGUUCCGUAUUGAUGUGCCCGUGUUUACGCCCGAGCGCGUCAUGAUCACGGUGCACGGUCGCAUGCACGAGGACGAAGUGAGUGCGCUCGGGCAGGUAAGCUACAUUGGGUUCACCCGCACCUGGUACCUGCAGCCGUGCGGUAUGGGCACGAACCUGUUUCACGACGCGAUCGAGUAUAAGAUCCACAACGAUAUGCUGCACAUGUACAGCAUGACAGUGGAAGGCAAUGACGCGAUCGGAGGGCGGAACGAGGCGACGCCGGUGGCGGAAAAUGGAAUGGAUACUUCCAUGCAAAGUGACGAUAGCGAUCGGGAGAACGCAAUGAUCGUCUUCAAGGAGCUCACUCAAUUGAAUCGGGCCUGGUGCAAACGGUGCCUGGAGGAGUCGUCGUGGAAUCUGAAGGUGGCGUUGAACAUAUUCCUCAAGCUGUACGAGUCCAAGCGCAUUCCCAAGAUUGCCUUCAAGGAUGAUAUUCCCUGACGGUGGUCCAACUGCUGCGAGGUAGACACGCAAGAAAGUACCUCCAAUGGUACAGUUUCUGUACUGUAUAGAUAGAUGAAAUGAAUUCACGUGUCGAAUGUGAGGCUUUAAAGAACUGAAUAAACUCAAGAACUGUCGUACAAAAGCCA